AUGAUGUGUAUCAGCUUGUAUAUAUAGUAGAUAUUUUCAUUCUCCCCCAUGAUGGCUAUUAGGUUUUACUUCAUAAUCGAGCAAUGGGAGAAUCAGUGGUUUCAUGAUCCAUCCAGCAUCACAUUUACAUACAUGGAUUUUUUCUGUACUGCAGACUAAAAGGUUAUUGUUUUGCAGUAUCUUUACAAAUGUGCUAAAUAUUAAUAAUGUAUAUAGUAAAUAUCUGAGGGAUUGAUUCUAUUUUUAGUCCCUUAUAUCUCAUUGAUGUGAAUGGCACAUUUACUUUUUAAAUGGUGAAAAUCAGUGUUGAUAAAUACAGUUUCCAGGCGUGCUUGAGCUACAGUAUAUCUAUCUCCCUUCUCUCUGGCUUCAUUUUUACCUCCUUCAACCUAUAGAAAUAUCAGUGGAUGUUUUUAGUCACACUCAUUGUGAAGCUGCCUUUGUCUAUUGUUCGUCUGAUUUUCCAGAUCUGUGUUUAUGAGCCCUAAUAAUUUCCUGUUGUUCCACGCCUGUUAUUUAAAGACUAUAUAUAUUUUUAACUCUGCCAUUGUUGGCUGGAGGUAAUAAAUGUGAUUAUAGGUGAGGUUGUUGGUGAAAAUAGAGCUUCCUCUUUAGAGAGAGGAAAUGUCUGAGAAAUUUCUGGCAUUAGUGGAAUUCUGCCCCGGUUGGAUCUGGGCAGAGUCCUCUGUGAAUGGACCACAUCCACCCACUCACACUUCCCCUACAUGCAUUCAACAUCGGAGGAAUACACAGUCACGCACAAGCUCAUUGAAGACCCCUGAAAAUGGUUGUUACGAUGUGCUUUAAGACUCACAUGGCUAAAGGGCGGAGAGAUGGCAUGGUGUCGUCCAAUGAAAACAGGCGCCGGCCGCUGUCAUCAGGUGAGGUGGAGGGCAUGUCGUGGCAAGGCCCACGGACCAUUUUUCUCCAGAAGAACUCGCAGGGAUUCGGCUUCACUCUGCGCCACUUCAUUGUCUACCCACCAGAGUCCUCUCUCUGCAACGUCAAGGAUGAGGAAAAUGGAAAUGCAACUGGAAAAGCAGGUGGCCAGCGGUCUCGUUUGGAGCCAAUGGACACCAUCUUUGUGAAGAGUGUCAAAGAAAAUGGCCCUGCCCAACAAGCUGGGCUGUGUACAGGAGACAGGCUGGUGAAAGUGAAUGGGGAGAGCAUACUGGGGAAAACCUAUUCUCAAGUGAUUGCACUCAUCCAAAACAGUGAAAACAUUUUGGAGCUUUCUAUCAUGCCAAAAGAUGAGGAUGUGUUGCAGUUGGUAAGUGCAUAUUCCCAGGAUGCCUACCUGAAAGGCAAUGAGCCAUAUUCAGGGGAGGCCCACAACCUCCCUGAGCCACCGCCUCUCUGUUACCCUUCUGCCAAGCCCAGUGCCACUGCCCCACAGCCCAGCCACAACCUCCACAGUCCCCUGGACAACUGGCAGUGCCGACCUGGCCCCACCACCUCUCCACUGGACAACCGCCCACCUGCUGCUUCUACCCCCACCUCCGGCUGGCCCGGGGGCCCUGAGGAUUCCAGUGGCCAUUUUGCCCCAUCAGGGCGGCACCGUGGCCGCUCAUCUUCAGCCGUCAAUCCUCUGGACUUUCACUUUGCUAACCACAAUGCUGCCAUUGCCUCUGCAACUCUGCCUCCACCAAGGAAGAGCAGCCUGUCAGGCUCUGCACGCACUCUCACCGAUGCGCUCUGCCACCAGGCUCUGUCGGACUGGUACUACAGCCAGGCUGAAGCUGCCGAACGCAUAUCCCCCCGCCACCGCAGUAUAUCUCAAGAUCGUUUAGCAGAACUGGGGCUGGGUUUAGCACUUGGCCCUGCACCUUCAUUUGCUUCCACAACCUCUGUGGAACAUCGCAGAAGAGAAACCCUCUUAUACCACCACCAGGCAGCUGCUGCUUCCCAUGAUUCCUAUUGGCUAGGGAGCUGGGGUGGUGUAUCAGGACCAGGAAGCAGGUCAUGCUCAGAGAGCCUGCUGGCAGCCUAUGCUGAGUACGAGCACAACUACGGCCGUUCUGUGGAAACGCUGGCACAAGCUUCUGCACUGGUCACACCGCGCUAUGAACACUCCCAAACAACAAAAUUCAGCGAGCUGACGGACCAGAAGGUCUCAGCAGGGCAUCCACACCAAACUACAGUUACAUCCCACAUCACAACCUCUUCUCCAGUGCAUCCUAGUGGCAGGCAGUCAGGCCAACAGAUAGCGGAACCCCAAACAAGACGAGUAAAAGAAGAGGAGCUAGUGGGCUACAAAAGCUACAGCCCUUCCUUUUCCCGCAAAGCUGGCCACCUCCUCCAGCAGGCACACUCCUUUAGAGAACCCAGCUACAGUGGCCCUCACCUUAACUGGAGUCCUGGAAGCAGGAGUAGCCCUGCAGACAGUGAGGGUGAAAUGGUACCCAGACCUCAGUCUACCCCUGCCCUGUCUGCAUCAGAGGAAGAGAGAGGCCAACUGGGUGAGGACAGGGAGGUCAUUUCGCCCAUCUCCCUGAAUCAAGAGGUAGUUCUGAGGCAAAAGCCACCUUCUGGCCGCCGAACUCCAGUUCAGGGUCUUCGACAUCCCCACUACACCACACCUGUGGAGUCACCUGAACCUCCUGGUCUGACACCUACACCAGGGACACCCUCUCCUGCCUCUGGGGGGCCCAGCUCCAACCGCGGGGCUAAUGGUAGCCUGGCACAGCAUGCAUUCAACUCCUUGUCCUCUAUUCCCUUCAUAGAUGAACCCACCAGUCCUAGCACUGACCUACAGGCCUGCUAUGUACCUGCCUGCUCUGUGGUGUCCAGUUCCCAGGCCUCCAUGGCCACCCUCACUUCCACCUCUGUCACCCCCACCCUAUCCUCCAUCUACCCUUUUGUCCGUCUUCGUUCUCAGGACUGCAGUAGUAUUAAAAGUCGGCGUUCCUCUUACCUGCUGGCCAUCACCACCGAGAGAUCCAAGUCCUGUGAUGAGGGUCUCAACACUUUCAGGGAAGAGGGCCGUGUCUUCUCCAAAUUACCAAAAAGGGUCAAGAGCUUUUUCACUGAUGGGUCUCUGGAGAGCCUGCGAGCUCAGGAAGAGGCCCGGUCCAAGCGCCACUCCACCUCUGAACUUGGAACCAUAACCUUUAGUGAUGUUCGUAAGGAAGGCUGGCUGCACUACAAACAGAUCCUCACAGAGAAGGGAAAGAAAGUAGGUGGUGGCAUGAGACCAUGGAAGCGCGUCUUCUCUGUCCUCCGUUCCCAUUCGCUUUUCCUCUACAAAGACAAACGAGAAGCUGUCCUUCACGGGGCAGGAGCAGGGCCCAGCCAGGAUGAACAUCCUCCAGUUAGCAUCCGCGGCUGCCUGAUCGACAUCGCCUACAGUGAAACCAAGCGGAAACACACCCUGAGGCUGACCACGCAGGACUUCUGCGAGUACCUGCUGCAGGCCGAGGACAGGGACGAUAUGCUGGCCUGGAUCAGGGUCAUCAGGGAGAACAGCAAGACUGACAACGAGGAGAUUGGUUUCUCAAGACAAGCUCUCAUCAACAAGAAGCUGAAUGACUACAGAAAACACAGUUUGACAGGUAAUAAGCCAGACUCCUCUCCCAGAGCCCAUCGAAUGAUGCCUCCUUUCCUCCUGGCUAAGACUGACAACACCUCAGUGAACCGAGCCUCCAGAACUGAUGACAACAAGGCGCUGUGGGGCAUCAACAUCAUGAAGAAGGCUAAGAAGCCAGGCAGUCCAAAGGCUUUCGGUGUGCGACUGGAGGACUGUCAGCCUGCUGUCAACCAUAAAUUUGUCCCUCUGAUCGUGGAGAUGUGCUGUGGCGUGGUGGAGGCAUCAGGUCUGGAGUACACCGGUAUCUACCGGGUGCCAGGGAACAAUGCCAUGGUGUCGAACCUGCAGGAGCAUCUCAACAAGGGCAUGGACAUCAACACUGCUGAGGAGAGAUGGCAGGACCUUAAUGUAAUCAGCAGCCUGCUCAAAUCCUUCUUCCGAAAACUGCCCGAGCCGCUGUUUACUGAUGACAAAUACAAUGAUUUCAUUGAUGCCAACCGGAUAGAAGACGCAGAGGACAGACUGAAGACUAUGAAGAAACUGAUCCAUGACCUCCCAGAUCACUACUAUCACACCCUCAAGUUCCUGGUGGGCCACCUUAAGAAGGUGGCAGAUCACUCUGAAAAGAAUAAGAUGGAGCCAAGAAAUCUGGCUCUGGUGUUUGGUCCCACUCUGGUGAGGACAUCAGAGGACAAUAUGACUGAUAUGGUAACCCAUAUGCCCGACCGCUACAAAAUAGUGGAGACGCUUAUCUUGCACCAUGACUGGUUCUUCAGUAAUGGACAGUUUGAUAAAGAAGAGAAGGCCCCAGAGGAUAAGCGGGAGAUGCAGCCUGUGCCCAACAUUGACCAUCUGCUAUCUAACAUCGGCAGGCCGGGCAUGCCAGGAGAGGCCUCAGAUUCCACCACCAGCGAUUCAGUUAAGUCAAAGGUUUCUUUAGGCUCCAAGAAGGACCUGAAUGCCAGGGACUUCCUGCCCAUGUCCAUCAUCUCUGCCGUGACCCGUAAACGUAAAAAAUGCCUCAGUACCCACCUGCAGGGCAGCAGCACUGAUGAAGACUCUGAACAUGAGCCAGUCAAAGCCAGUAACUAUGGGGGAGAAGAAGGAGGUGAAGGGGAAGAAGAAGAUAAUAGAGGAGAGGAACAAGUAGUCAAGGGAGAACAUACGGUUCCUAAAAAAGAAAAAAGGGAUGAAAAGGAAAAUGGGUUGAAAGCUGGAGAGACCAGAGAAGGAGAAGAUUCAUUUGCAGAAGAAAAAGAGGCUAAAAAGGAUGUGGCAAAUGGAACAGGCAAUGGCAUAAAAGAAUUUGAAGGGGACAGUAGGCAGAGACCACCCUUGUCAGGAAAUGCUCCACAAUUUCGUACAAAAAGUUUCCUUCGCUCACACCAUCAGAUCCAUGCCACAUGCCCAAGACACCCAAAUGUGACUAAUCCUCCUUCCCAUUUAAAGCCUCAGAAUCUGGCAAGAGGAUGUCCCCCAGUCCCUUUCUGGAUCUGCCCCACCAAGCUUCCCAAUCUCCACCACGCUUCCAGCUUUCACAGGACCCAGCAGCCAGACUGGAACCAGUCGGCACCAGUCCGCUACAGGAAGAACAGAGGUGGGAGGACAAGGGCAAUGUCCAUGAAUCUGGACCUUGAGCUGGGCAUGAGUGAAGACAGAGUCAGAGGAUGGAGAGCAGAGAGGGUAGAGGUGAUCAGAGUUGUUGAGGGAACACAAGGUAAGCAUGGAUGUGCUGGGGUUGCCCAGGGAUCAGUUGUGGGUCCUGGAUCAAUUCAGCAAAUAGAUCCCCUACCACGUCUUGCCCAGGAGGCUCCCAUUCUCUCCUCCUCCUCAGAAAGGAUAGAUCAGAGCUCCCCGGGAUCUUCCACUGUGGUACUGAGGAGAUCGGCCCUUGACCCAAGGGAUAAGACAAGAGGGUGGCGACGUCACACGGUCAUAGUUUAACCUGACUGUUUUAUCUACUAAUGCAGUACAAAGUACUUGUCCUAUACUCGUGAACACUGAAUCGCUUGUGUCACUGCUUCUAAAACGAAGUGUCUGUCAUGUUGCUUUAGGGAUCUUAAGUUGGAGACGAGAUCUCAUGGUAAAGGAAUUCUUUGACAUUGUAUGCAGUUGUAGAGUUUCAUUCCAAAAUGACAUAAACACCAUUUCAAAAUGUGACACUCACUCUUACAAAUUCUACCAUUCAACUACUUUUGGAACUAUUCAUCUUAAUUUCUUUUCUUAAAAAAUAACUCUAGAUGUUAUUGUCCAUGUCCUUAUAUAUUUUGCAAAGAACAUUAGGGUUGCACAAAGGGAACUGGUAUUUCCCACAAGAUGUCACCAAAAUCUGAUCGUGUUUCCCAGGAAAAUUAUCUUGUGAUUUUUAGGUUUUGUGUUCAUAGACUAUGCUUCCACACAUUUGUUGUAGAUAUAGUCCAGUCAAACCAAAAAGUAGCAAAGUGAAGAUCUUGAGUCCUUUUGAAAUAGGUAGCAAGCUAGCAAGUCUCAGUUAGUCAGUCACAAUAGCUCUCUGAUUGCUAAUUGACCAUUAGCUUGGUUGCUAAUAGGAAAAUAAGUUUACAGCUUGUAGCCAUCUACAGACCACUCCUUUUUUGUGGAGCAUUUUACACCUGUAGAAGAAGUUAGUUGCUGCUAUUGAAAGUGGAAUUACUGUUCUGGAUUUCUCCAAUGGUCAGCAGUACCAAGACAAUUUGCCAUUGGUGAGCAGUGUAAAUUCAAGUACUGCAGUUUCGCCGAUUGCAACAAUUCCAUUGAAAUGAAUUGAUUUUGCUUCGAAAUGUUGCCAUUUUUGCAUGCUGUUGUGACUGGGCCUUUACAGCAAAUAUAACUAGAAACACGUUUCUUUAUGGUUUUAAUUCAUUAACUUUCUGUUCUAAUGUGCAGUUACAUGUUGCAUUUACAGUUCAGCAAUGUGUCAAAAUAUUCUUUUUCUUCUAAGUGGAAAAAGCAGAGGGUAAAAUCUGUAAAUUGCAAUAAUAAUCCAACAUACAGAGCUCUAUAUCAAAAAGAAUGGUGGAUUGCAGAACAAUGUUCAAAAUGUGGGACACUGAAGGCAGAAGACAACUAAAUGUCAGAGAAAAAUGAUGCAGCUGAUUUAAACACCACAACAGCAUGGUUAAACGGCACUGCAACAGUAAUAUCUUCAGUUCUGCUCUAUGAUGAGGGUCCACAACAACACUUUAUAUGAUAUGAUAUGCUGAAGAAAUAAAAUCAAACAUGGUAAGUUUAAAAUCCACAGUUCUUCUUUUUAAAAUCUCCAACUGUCUUAGAGGGCGAAGCCUGCACAAAAUAGAAGGUUUUACAGUGUUAUUCUUUAUACUACCACUUGGUGGUGUCAAAGGUGUUUUAAAUCCUACACAUACCGGCUUUAACAUAUUUUUCUAAAAUAUUUUGGAAUGAAACCCUUCAAUUCUAAAUUUUAGAUUAAUGAAUUGUGAUGAUAAAUAAAAGUAAAAUAAAAUGAGAGAAAGCCAUAUUAGACAUUUGAAACUCAACUUCAGAGCCCAGCAACUGCUUUUACAUCUAACCCUCACCAGCAAAGACUUCUACAGUCAUUUCAUUGCAAAGUGAUUGUGCUGUAUGUAUGCUGGUGUAUUCACCCACAGGUUUUCACCAAUGAUGUCUUUCACCCACAUGGGCAAAUAUUACAUAUGCACACUUUCCUGACUACAGCACAGUAGAUGAGUUUACUUCUCAGCCCUUUAGAAGCUCUUCCAAAGCCUCCUGUGGAUCAAUAGGGAACUUCAAUGAUCCAUCGGUGCAGAUCGGCUUCCUCUCUCUCUGGAUGAUGUCACUUGGGCAUUAUGCCAAAGCUUCCAUGGACUAAAUAAAAGUGUAUGCAUGGGGUCAGUGACAUAUAAAGUUAUGCAAACCCUAAGUGUUCAACACAAGCCUAUUGUGCUUCCCUUUGAGUAUUUGUGUGUGAGAGAAAGUAUGUGUGUGUGUGUGUGUGUGUUCAGGGAGGAGGGCCAGAGUUUUGUCAGAUUAGAAAAGUGUUUAAGGCAGCUAUGUGAAGUCAUGCCAAAAUUCUUUUUUUUUCUGUUUGGUUAAUUGUUUAAAUUCAGCAGUAUGGAGCCAAGAAAGAACCUUAGGGAACCAGAGCUCUUUGUAAAGCAGUGAGGCUCCAUUGUAUAUCAGUGUUACUAAAAGUCUGUCAUGGGAACAGCUGAAAGUGGACGGAUAACCUCGUUAAAUCCAAAAUCACAGUCUUACCUGAGUGAUACAUUUGCAUUUUUUCUUUUCAGUUUCAUUGUUUUUGCUCCCUUCCCUGGGGCAUAAGUUUUUUUAAGCAGAGUGUAAAAAAUGAGUGGAGCAGCUGACUCAAGCCGUACUGCCAACCACUGUCGUCCAACCAGACUCAGUGUUUGUCUUAAUCAUAUCCUGAUUCAGUCUGUCCUUCUCUCCAUCUGUGCCCUUGCGCAUGUACUUUACAGUAUGUACGUGGGUGACUGUGCGUGGACCAAUUUGUAACAGUUGUACAAAGCCUUGUUAAGUUAACCUGUGUAUAUAAAUAUUAUACAUAAUAUAUUAAAUUAUUUGUUUUGGAAA